AUGUCAUCAAAAACUUCACGUAAAGUACCAACUCGAUCCAAAGUUGAGCCGAUAGUCACACGAACAAAAUCAGCGCAGCAAAGACGUCAACUUAAAAACAAAGAAAAGAAAAUCGAAAAACCGGAACUUACUAAACAACAAAUAAAAUCGACUAACCUAAAAACCGAUAAAUGUCCGAAAAAGACUCUACCUGAGCCUAUUAAAAUUCCUGAUGAUGUUAUUGAGCAAGUAGAGUACUAUCCGGAUAAGUUAAAAAGAGAUGUUGCCGCCAAGAAGAUCAGGUAUAAAGUCACCUACACUCUUGUCAACUGCAUCGCAUUCACUUUUAAAGUCUCGAAAGACUCGAGCAACUCGGUCAUCCAGUCCAGAGCCAACCGUGCAGGAGAUGGUGCGCAUCAUGGAGGAGUCUAG